AUGAAGAUGGUUGGAAGCUGGUUAUUUCUCCUCAUCUCUCUCCAAGGAUAUGAGGCUCCCUCCACCCCCAGUAAGAUCUUCCUGUUGUAUUAAUGAUGCUACACCUGUGACAUUUAUUUUUUAUAAAUAAUGUUAAUUUAUUCAACUUGUUUAAGACCUUGUGCUAUGACAACAAAUCCGGCCAAUGUGCCCUCAACUUCAAAUAAUAAACAAAUUACAUUUCAUACCAGGUAUUAAAGCAAUUUAUUUGAUCAAACUAUUACAUAACAUCCUAGAAACACAAAAUAAUCUGAAUGUAACACUCUGGCUCCGGGACUUUUGUAUUUGAGCCAGGGUGUAUUGUGUUUUGUUGGGUUUUGGGUGAUUUUCUAUGUUUGCAUUUCUGUCACGUUUAUUUCUAGGUUUGGUCAUUGACUCCCAAUCGGAGGUAACGAGUGUCAGCUGUCGGCUCGUUAUCUCUGAUUGGGAGCCAUAUUUAUACUGCAUGUUUUCCUGUGGGCAUUGUGGGUUAUUGUUCCAUGUUUCUGUUAGUGUUACAGAGGACUUCACUAUCGUCAUUUGUUGUUUUUCGUGGUUGCUUUAUUUAAUAAAGUCAUUAUGUUCACUCCACGCGCUGCGUAUUGGUCCGCUUCUUCAGACGAUCGUGACAGAAUAACCCACCAUAAAGGGACCAAGCAGCGCGUCCAGGAACAAAGGGUCUGGACAUGGAUGGAACUGUUGGACGGUAAAGGGUCCUGGACUUGGGAGGAGAUCCUGGAUGGUAUGGAUCGCCGACCAUGGAACGAGACGGUGGAGAGGCGACGGCGAGAGGAGCAACGGCAUCGGCAGGGCCAUCGUCGGAAGGACGAGAGGCAACCCCAAAAAGUUUUUGGGGGGGGGCACAUGGCUUGGGCGACUGAGCAGCAGGAGGCUGCCACAAGGCAGAUUCAGAAGGCUACCAGGUUAAGGGGGCUGACGGAGGCAGAGAAGGGACGGAUUCAGGAGGCUACCAGGUUAAGGGGGUCACUGGCCAAAGUAGGGAAAGGAGAUGUAGAGGCACGGCGUGAGAGACUGAGGUGUGUAUCCAGUCCGGUCCGGCCCGUUCCUAAUCCCGAGGUACAGCCAGUAGUGUGUGUCCCCAGUACGGUACGGCCUGUUCCGGCCCCUCGCACUAAGUGUACGGUGCGCGUCGCCAGCCCAGCCCGGCCUGUUCCUGAGCCUCAUACGAGGCCUACGGUGCGCGUCGCCAGCCCAGCCCGGCCUGUUCCGGCCACUCGCACCAGGGAUACGGUGCGCUUCGCCAGCCCGGCCCGGCCUGUUCCGGCCACUCGCACCAGGGAUACGGUGCGCGUCGCCAGCUCAGCCCGGCCUGUUCCUACUCCACGCACCAGGGAUACGGUGCGCUUCGCCAGCCCGGCCCGGCCUGUUCCGGCCACUCGCACCAGGGAUACGGUGCGCUUCGCCAGCCCGGCCCGGCCUGUUCCGGCCUCUCGCACCAGGGAUACGGUGCGCGUCGCCAGCUCAGCCCGGCCUGUUCCUACUCCACGCACCAGGGAUACGGUGCGCUUCGCCAGCCCGGCCCGGCCUGUUCCGGCCACUCGCACCAGGGAUACGGUGCGCGUCGCCAGCCCAGCCCGGCCUGUUCCUACUCCACGCACCAGGGAUACGGUGCGUCCCCAGGGCCAAGCAUGCCCUGUUGCUUCUCCCCGCACUAGCCCUGAGAUGCGUGUCCUCAGCCCGGUACCUCCAGUUCCGGCACCACGCAUCAGGCCUACGGUGCGUCCCCAGGGCCAAGCAUGCCCUGUUGCUUCUCCCCGCACUAGCCCUGAGAUGCGUGUCCUCAGCCCGGUACCUCCAGUUCCGGCACCACGCACCAGGCCUACGGUGCGCCUCAGACGGCCGGAGUCUGCCGUCUGCCCAACGGGGCCUGAACUGUCCGUCUGCCCAACGCCGUCUGAACUGCCCGUCUGCCCAACGGCGCCUGAACUGCCCGUCUGCCCAACGCCGUCUGAACUGUCCGUCUGCCCAACGCCGUCUGAACUGCCCGUCUGUACUGAGCCUGCAAAGCCGCCCGUCUGCCAUGAGCCUUCAGAGCCGUCCGCCAGACCGGAGCCGCUAGAGCUCUCCGCCAGACAGGAUCAGCCAGAGCCUUCCGCCAGACAGGAUCAGCCAGAGCCUUCCGCCAGACAGGAUCAGCCAGAGCCUUCCGCCAGACAGGAUCAGCCAGAGCCUUCCGCCAGACAGGAUCAGCCAGAGCCUUCCGCCAGACAGGAGCAGCCAGAGCCUUCCGUCAGACCGGAUCAGCCAGAGCCUUCCGCCAGACGGGAUCAGCCAGAGCCUUCCGCCUGCCAUGAGCAGCCAGAUCCGUCAGCCAGCCAUGAGCAGCCAGAUCCGUCAGCCAGCCAUGAGCCGUCCAGCCAGGAUCCGCCAGAGCCGUCCAGCCAGGAUCCGCCAGAGCCGUCCAGCCAGGAUCCGCCAGAGCCAGCCAGCCAGGAUCCGCCCCUUAGUCAGGUACUGUCCCUUAGUCCGGUGCUGCCCCUUAGUCCGGUGCUGCCCCUUAGUCCGGUGCCGCCCCUUAAUCCAGUGGGGUUUAAUUGGGGGGUGGUCAUGUGGAGGAGGCUAGGGAAGCGGGUGGUGACUAAGGUGGGGUGGGGACCACGACCAGGGCCAGAACCGCCACCGUGGACAGACGCCCACCCAGACCCUCCCCGAGACUGUAUGCUGGUGCGCCCGGAGUGCGCACCUUUAGGGGGGGGUACUGUAACACUCUGGCUCCGGGACUUUUGUAUUUGAGCCAGGGUGUAUUGUGUUUUGUUGGGUUUUGGGUGAUUUUCUAUGUUUGCAUUUCUGUCACGUUUAUUUCUAGGUUUGGUCAUUGACUCCCAAUCGGAGGUAACGAGUGUCAGCUGUCGGCUCGUUAUCUCUGAUUGGGAGCCAUAUUUAUACUGCAUGUUUUCCUGUGGGCAUUGUGGGUUAUUGUUCCAUGUUUCUGUUAGUGUUACAGAGGACUUCACUAUCGUCAUUUGUUGUUUUUCGUGGUUGCUUUAUUUAAUAAAGUCAUUAUGUUCACUCCACGCGCUGCGUAUUGGUCCGCUUCUUCAGACGAUCGUGACACUGAAAAGUAAAGUUUCAUGUGGCAUUUCUAUUGCUGAUGCAACACCAAAAGUCCCCUGCUAGUCUGAGAUUGACGUCAACUACUUUGUGGUUUCCUGCAACAUGGCCAUCCAUCUUGUCAUAUACAUUCACAUGCUGAUAAAAGUAUUGAUUUAAUUCAAUGUGAUGGUGGAAAAGUACUCUAGUCAUGAUAUACAUGAAUGUAUAGACCCUUAAUAUGUUAUCUGAUUUGUCUCUUAAAAAUCUGUAAACCCCCAAUGUAAUUAUGCAACUCAUCUGGAUAUCAUACCACAGCUCCCCUUUAAAGGAUUCAGUGUAAUGUCAUAUUUGAAAAAAUAUUUUCAAUUUCUGUUCCUUUUGCAGAAGUAAACUGCCUGAUCAUUAAUCUGGAUUAUGUCAACUGCAUCUGGAGUGAACAGGGGAGCCCAGAGGUCAACUUCACCUUUUUCAACAACAGGUUAGUGCAAUGGCAGAACCCUGUCAUACCUUUAACAUGUGAUGGGUGUUGAGGUCUUUGGGCAAAAUGCUUGCCGUGCAUCACUGUGAUUGGGUGUUACACAUUGGUGGCGGUGAUUGAGGUGUUUGAGUUGUCCUCUUACAAUGAAAGGGGCUUUGAGACUCUCUAUAUGACUGAAUAUAUUAUUGUUAUUACACUCCUUACCAUAUGUAUUUGUGGACAGUGAAGCUAACAUUUUAAAUGUGGCUCUAUACUCCAGCAUUUUGUUUCAUAUGAGGUGACAGUACAGAAUUACACAUUUUAUUUGAGGGUAUGUUCAUACAGUACAUACUGUAUCUGUUUUGCCAUUUACAAAUGAACACUUUAUGUACAGGUAACUGCCAAAAUAAUGGAAACAUUUGAGUAAAUGAGGGAUACAAAGUAUAUUGAAAGCAGGUGCUUCCACAUAGGUGUGGUUCCUGAGUUAAUUAAGCAAUUAAUAUCCCAUCAUGCUUAGGGUCAUGUAUAGAAAUGCUGGGCAGGCCAUUAUUUUGGCUACUAUGGUUAUGGCCCAAUAGGAUGGAAAUGCCCCCAUCCACAGGGCACAAGUCACUGAAUGGUUUGAUGAGCAUGAAAACCAUGUAAACCAUAUGCCAUGGCCGUCUUAGUCACCAGAUCUCAACCCAAUUGAACACUUAUGGGAGAUUCUGGAGCGGCGAAUGAGACAGCGUUUUCCACCACCAUCAACAAAACACCAAAUGAUGGAAUUUCUCGUGGAAUAAUUGUGUCACAUCCCUCCAAUAGAGUUCCAGACACUUGUAGAAUCUAUGUCAAGGUGCAUAUUAAGACACUUUGUUGGUGUUUCCUUUAUUUUGGCCAUUACGCCCCAUUUGAAGAAAUCAUAGGUAUUUGGACAAAUUCAAUUGUAGUGUAUUAAAGUAGUCAAAAGUUAAGUAUUUGGUCCCAUAUUCCUUGCACUCAAUGAAUACAUCAAGCUUGUGACUCUACAAACUCGUUGGAUGCAUUUGCAGUUUGUUUUGGUUGUAUUUCGGAUUAUAUUUUGCACAAUAGGAACUGAAUGGUGAAUAAUGUAUUAUGUCAUUUUGGAGUAACUUUUUAUUGUAAUUAAGAAUAGAAGAUGUUUCCGAACACUUCUACAUUAAUGUGGAUGCUAUGAUGAUUAUGGAUAAUCAUGAAUCAUGAAUAAUGAUGAGUGAGAAAGUUACAGAGGCACAAAGUAUCACGUUUCAGGAGAAGACCCAGAUGCAGACAGUGUCGAUGUAACAAAAGUUUAUUACAAGUUCCUGUUUUGUACCUGGAGGGGGGUGGAGACAAUCACAAAGACAGGUGAAACAGAUCAGGGUGUGACACAAUGAUCAUACCCCCUAACACAUGCUAACCUCCCCUGUUAUUGGUAAUGGUGAGAAGUUAGUAUGUUUUGUUGUAGCGUCUGUAAACUUCUCACUCAUCAUUAUUCAUGAUUUAUUUUCUUAAUCAUGGCAUUAUCAGGAUUAAUUUAGAUGUGUUCAGAAACAUCUUAUCCCAGAAAUAACAUUAAUGGUGAGAGGUUAGUAUGUUUUGUUGUAGCUUCUGUAAACUUCUCACUCAUCAUUAUUCAUGAUUCAUUUUCUUAAUCAUGGCGUUAUCAGGAUUAAUUUAGAAGUGUUCAGAAACAUCUUAUCACAGAAAGAAAAUUACUCCAGUCAUCAUUCACCAUUCAGUUCCUAAUAGGCAAAAUAUUACGCAAAACACAACCAAAACAAACUGCAAAUGCAUCCAACAAGUUUGUAGAGUCACUUUUGACUACUAUAAUAGUGAAUUUGCCCAAAUACUUAUGACUUCUUCAAAUGGGGGGACUAGAUACAUAAAAUGCUCUCAUUUCUAAACGGUAAAACAGAUACAGUAUGUUUGAAAAUACCCUCAAAUAAAAAUUGACAUUCUGUACUGUUGCCUCAUUUGAAACAUUUGAUCUCAAAUCCAAAAUGUUGGAGUAUACAGCCAGAAAAAUAAAUAAUUGCUUCACUGUCCAAAUACAUACGGAGGGGAGUGUAUCUCUGUCAAAUCUUGAAUGUCCGUACUUUGGUCCUAAUUCUCAUCCAUCAUUUUCACAUGGUAUGUGUUUAGGUUCAUCAAAGAUCAUAUGGAGGAGUGCACAACAUAUCUCCAGGAGAAGAGUAAUGCUGUGGGAUGUAGACUGUCGUUUGACAUGUCUGACAGGUUUAGAACACUGACAACCAAGCUGGUCCAUCAGAACAAAAGUUAUGUGCAGAACCAUAACCUCAAAAGCAUGGGUAGGUUUUUUUUCUCAAUCAAAUCAUAACAUUACAUACAGAACAGCAUUAAACAUGAAGAGCAAUAGUCAUCUUAAAUUAGGCUUUUCAGCAUGUGUGUUUGUCCUAUAUUCAAUCUUCAUUUGAUGUGUCGUUAACGUUUGACCCUCCUUGAUGCUUUUUCUAGUGAAGCUUUACCCUCCUACCAACCUGUCAGUUGAGAUGAACAAAGACCCAGAGCUGAAUCUGUACUGGAACAACAGCAAGAACAACCAAUGCAUUGAGAGUGAAGUGCGCUACAGAAUAAACAACAACAAGUGGCAGGUGGGGAGGGGUCAGGACUCAGACGUUGGACUACUGUUUGGACUCUGUAGCCUAAUGGUCAUUUUUCAACAAAAUACUGGACAAAUCUUUGAAAAUAACUCUCUCUCACCUCCACUCUCUCUUUGUUCUUUUCUUCAGACAUCUACUCUGAUCAGAGAACAGAAUUAUGCUGUUCCUUUCCCCUUAAAGAGCAGUCGGUAUGAGUUUCAAGUGAGAGCACGAGUUAACAGCAUUUGUUGCGAGUCCGAGUUCUGGAGUGAAUGGAGUCAGCCCAUUCUAUGGGAUUCCAUGAAAGGAAAUAACAUCACAGGUAAAUAGAUCCAAAAUCUCUGCUUCGCUUUAUGGUUAUAAGGUUGUGCUCAGGCUUCUGUCAGGACUUUGUCAUGUCAACCUUUCUCUUUGGCCUAGACAUAUCUGGCAGCUCAAUGUCUAUGUGGAAGCCAGUGCUGUCAUUAGUGGGUGCCAUGACACUCUUCAUGUUGGCCUGCAUGCUGGUCUACAGGGAAAGGUAGGUUUGCCAACAGAAGUUAACACCACACAUAGGCCCCCAAUAAAGUCUAAAAUCAAGGGGUACAGUUUACAUUUUUAAAUCAAUCUCCUUUGGACAUAGUGCUCCAUUCUUCCUCUGAAAAAAGUUAUACUCUGAAUCUGAACUGACCCUAUCACUUUGUAGAGAACGACUGAGAUUCAUCCUCAUUCCCAUUGUGCCUAAUCCAGGCAAGAACCUGGAUGACAAUGUAGAGGUAAUAUUUAUCCCUGGUCCCAUGCAUUGCACUUCAUUAUAAUCUUUGUAUCUUAUAAGUGUUACUGUUAUCUACAGUGUAAAUCACAUCUUAUAUCUCACAUAUUACAUGUAACCUUUACCUUUAAAGGCCUGGCUUCACGGCUCCAAAGACAUUUGCUUCCAGCCUAACUUCACUGAGCGUGUCUGUCCUGUUCGUGAGUAUCGUCUGGUUCCCCAAACCGGCAGCGUCAGUGAGUCUGAGAGCAACCUCUCCAUCCCAACAGACCAGUCAGAUUCCCUGUCCACGUGCUCUUCCUCAACUUCCACUCUUCCUGUCACAAGUGAAAAUGAACGAGCUGGUUUUGAGUGAGAUUUACAGAGGCUUCGUUCUAAUUACCCUUCUCCCCUAGGUGUGCACUUACUUGUGUCGUGGUAGAAAUAUUUGACUAAUAGAUAAUCAUCUCAAAAAUAUCUCUCAAGACACCGGAGCUUGUGAAUUCAAGAAUUAGACUUUAUUGCAUAACAAAGCCCAGCUUGCUCCAUGGAACAAAACUGUCUCUCUCUGGCUUAGAGAUCUCUUAUAUCCACACAAAUGAAAAAACAUGCGUACAUUCCUAACUUUUUUUUAGUUCUGUACCACCCCUCUCAUUCUAUCAUUCUAUUGGCUGCGUGCUUAGGCCCCUUCUUAAAAAAACAAAUGUAAUGCAUACCAUGUGUCUAUAACAAGCCCAUGGGCCACAGUUUAAGAGCCCCUGUGAAAGAACACAUGCAUUCAUUUAAAACACAGCAUAUACUCCAUGCCUAUAUUCCUUAUUUAAGCAUGUAUCUGGAUUAUAAAAUAUCAAACAUGUUCAUUCUGUUUCACCAUUAUCAUUUCAUAACACAUUAUAAAACAUUUAUCAUUCAUCAUCCUCCCCGGCCCCUGAGAUUAUGUGCAUAUGUGCAUGUGGCCAUGUGUCAGGUCAUAAGGUCAUAAGCAUAAAUGAUAACACUAGUUCCAUUGUUACUCCAAUCUCCACACAGCCAUCACGUCAUUGACAUUCCCAGACCAGCUGCAGGGAGUUUUAUGAAAAACACAUAAAUGUCUUCGCUCUGUAUUAACCUUUCAACUGGUUCUCAAUCCAUAAACAUUUUAAGGCAGUUAGGUUUUUAAUUUUACAACAUAUCCAUGCUUAUUACUAAUAUUAUUAUUUUACCUUUGACCUCUCCCUACAUUUGCCUUAAUGAUACAUAAAAUAAUACCAUACUUGCUCUCCCUAAUGUGGUAUCUAAAUAACGAUGCUGUUUAUGACAAGAAAUCCGCUGACACUGUCCUUGAUUAUAAUAGUUUAUUACACCAAAGAUUUCAGCGUCAAUUUACAGACUCCUGCAGACAUCUGGAGAACAACUGACCCAAUCUCUAAUAUGUUGUUCCUCCUCGUCCUUUGUUCCAACCAUGGUAUUUAUAAUCUGUAACAUGAUGUGGGUGGUUUUCCCAUAAACCAAUCCCAGGACGCCACAUAACAGACUUCCUCUAUUUUAGGGGGCCCCUCUAGUAAUGCUUUCCAGAUGCUUCCGCAAGCUGAGUCAACUUCCUCUAACACACCAUUUGCAAACGUCAGCAAAGUCAUAAACUGUUUAGACACUACACUCAUGGAUAAAAUGUAUUAGAUUGGUGUACGCAUGGGCUAAAGGGAGUUUCCAUCAUAUUUGUUUAUGAGUGCACACUUCAGGGAGAAGGGUAGAUAAUAUUUACAUGUAAACAUCCUUAAUAUUACGAUACCCAAUCACUAAAAUUUUUGUUUGAUGUUCAACCAUUUGUAAGAUUUUUAAAUGCAUACAUUUUUGAGAGAGAAUAAAACGUAAAAUCAACUGAACAUUGCAUCAAUGACAUACCCUCCUAUUGCGUUACGAGAAGAAAAAAAGCUGUUAAUUACACAAACUGACCACACACAAUAUAGUAGCGUUAUGAGCUAGGAUACGUAUGAGCGUGCAUGUCUAAAUAAUGUAUAAUAAUGGCAUUUAAAAAAAAAUAGAUAUCUAUAGCAUAUACAAGCUAAUGUAAAAAAUAAUCUUAGCAGCUGAAAUGAUGGGAACAGGGUUACAAAUGGUUGGAAUUGAUUGAGUGUUCAGCUGACAGUUUUAAUAUUACAAACAAUCCCUUGUGAAAUUUUAAUUUCACUGUUGCACAUUGUAUCUUGUUGCAAUAGAGUGAACAUGUGACACGUUGAAUAUUAGCCUAUACUUUAAUUAAAAUGGUAUCUUAUACUAGCUUGUAUUUGUAUUUGUAUGUAUCUACAAUACAAAAUGUAUAAUACCACCAUACAACAAUAUUACAAUGUGUCUACCUUUGUGUGUGUCUCUUCACAGUCCCCGCUGUUCCAUAAGGUAUAUUUUUAUCAGUUUUUUAAAAUCUGAUUGUAAUAGUAUUUUCUUUAAAUGUUGUUUCCAAGCAGGGGCUACUGCUAUAAAAAUGACUAUUGGCCUAUUUCCUCUGAAACAAAUGUGAUAAACGUUGCCUCCUAAUGUUGCAUGCUAUCCUGUAAUCCUAUUCCAGUGGCGACCGUCAUUCAGGGCAGGUGGGGCAGCGCAAAAAAGUUGUUUUAAUGUUUUUAAAAUGUUUUUAAAAUGUUUGGUUUUUUGUGCCUGCUUUGCAUUUUAUUUUGGCAUUAAUAAGUGUCACCAUAUCAAUUUGCAAACAAUGUAAAAAAAAUAAAAAUAAAAUAGAUCUAAUAAAGCCGCAUACAAACAUGGUCUCUUUUUUGCUUUCUUGAGUAAGGCAGCUCCAAAAUGCAGGUGUUUCAGCCUAGCUCAGGGCUUUCUGUGGUGAUGGGGCAGCCAGUGGAAAAUAUGGAGCGUAGGGGUUGGUAAUGUUCUCUAGUUGCUCCGUGAUUGGUUCAGUUGUCAUGACUUCCUCCGAGGCUAACCCCUCUCCUUGUUCGGGCAGGCUUCGGCGUUCGUCGUCACCGGCCUUAUAGCCACUGCCGCUCAUCAUCUCAUCUCAUCAAUCCAUUUGUUUUGUCUUGUUUAUUACACACACCUGGUUCAUAUCCCCUCAUCAGUACCUGUAUAAGUGUUCCCUCUGCCCCCUUGUCUUUGUGUGUGAUUGUAUAUUGUGAGAUUAGUGAGGCUCGGUGGAGCUCCUUGUAUUUUGUAUCACCGGGUUAUUUUCCCUGUGUGCCUUGGUUUCAGUGUGCCUGUUUUGCGCACUGGACUGCUUUGAUGCAUUAUUGCAUAACUCUGUAUUCCAGAAUAAAUCUUGUUAUUCUGUGAUUUACCCUCCUGCACCUGACUCCUUCAAAUCACCACAUCACAGAAUCACACACCCGCCAUGGAGUCAGCAGGAGAGGAGCACAUGCCUGGAGUUGUCCUGGAUCACGAGAUGAUGGAGCUGGGUGGAGCGGCGAUCCGGGAGAGCAGAGGACGACAGCGCCAGUGUCACUCUCGUGGCGCGAGAGGACAUUCUCCUUCACGAUGUCUUCAGGGUUCUUUUGGGUCUGGCUGCGGCAGGCAGGGCACUCUCGCAUCAUCCCAGGUAUCGAACACCCACACUUGUUCAGAGUACGCACUGUACCCUACCCAUCCACUUUCCUGAUUACAUUGUAGUUCCCCAGUGUAAGGCGCUGGUCGAUUCAGGCGCAGCUGGGAACUUUAUGGACAGGUCAUUUUCACAUUGUCUAGGCAUUACAUUGGUUCCCCUAUCCAUUCCACUCCUCAUCAGAGCACUUGACAGUCGACCAUUAGGGUCCGGGUUCGUUAGGGAAGUUACAGCACCAGUCACUAUGGUUACACACGAGACUCAUCGAGAGCAAGUCACUUUUUUAAAUUAUUGAGUCUCCUGAUUUCCCUGUUGUGUUAGGUCUUCCCUGGUUAGCACUACACAACCCCACCUUUUCAUGGCCGCAGAGGGUUCUCAAGGGGUGGUCGCAAAAGUGUCAGGGUAGGUGUCUAGGUGUUUCUGUUGGUGCAACUACAGUGGAAACCCCCAGAAUACCUCGAUUUGGCGCACGUGUUUUCCAAAACGCAGGCGACCAAAUUACCACCUCAUCAGGCGGGGGAUUGCGUGAUAAACCUCCGGGUAGACGCUGUGCCUCCCAGGAGUCAUGCGUAUCCCCUGUCGCAGGCUGAAAUGGAGGCUAUGGAGACAUACGUCUCCGAGUCCCUGCGCCAGGGGUUCAUACGUCCCUCCACUUCACCCGCCUCCUCAAGUUUCUUUUUUGUGAAGAAGAAAGACGGAGGUCUGCGCCCUUGCAUCGAUUACCAAGCACAGGGGACAAUACGUUAUAGUUAUCCUCUACCCCUCAUUCCGUCUGUGAUCGAGUCAAUGCAUGGUGCGCGCUUUCGAUCUCCGGAGUGUGCACAACCUGGUGUGUAACCGAGAGGGGGACGAGUGGAAGACAGCAUUCAGCACCACCACAGGGCAUUAUGAAUACCUGGUGAUGCCUUACUGUUUGAUCCGUCUACCAGUCCUUUGUGAACAAGGUGUUUCGGGACAUGCUUGGUCGCAGUGUAGUCUACAUCGAUUACAUUUUGGUGUAUUCCGCUACGCGCGCCGAGCAUGUGUCCCUGGUUCGCAAAGUGCUGGCCUGACUGUUGGAACAUGACCUUUAUGCCAAGGCAGAAAAGUGUCUGUUUUUCCAACAGUUCGUCUCCUUCCUCGGAUACCGCAUUACCACCUCAGGUGUGGAGAUGGAGGGAGAUCGCAUUUCAGCCGUGCGAAAUUGGCAGACUCCAACCAUGGUAAAGGAGGUGCACCACUUUAUUGGCUUUGCCAACUACUAUCUGAGGUUUAUCUGGGGCUUUGGCAAGGUCGCAGCUCCCAUCACAUCACUGUUCAAGGGUGGGCCGUCCCGGCUCCGCUGGUCUGCUGAGGCUGACAGGGCCUUCAGUAACCUGAGGGUUCUGUUCACCUCAGCCCCGGUACUGGCCCAUCCCAAUCCAUCACUACCGUUCGGAGUGGAGGUGGAUGCAUCCGAGGUAGGGAUAGGCGCUGUCCUAUAGAAAUGAGAUAGAUGAUAGAAACGCCAUAGAAAUGAGAUAGAUGAUGUAGCUGAUGAAUUCUGGCCACAGUGAGAGUGAAAAACAAACAUUUUAAUUGAAGCUUAAGUAGUGAAAUUGACACUAACACUGGAACUUAAAUAUAUUUUUAUAAUAAAAAUAAAAAAUGUACACAGGAACUUUUCAUUUGCUUCAAGUUAAUCAGUAUCACCACAAUGCAUAUUUAUAGACAGCCUAUUUGAAAUAGAAAAGGAUAUGCUAUACUAAAUGUUUGUUUUUACUAACAAACAUUGGAUUAAGUGUUAUUUCUAAUCUAAUUAUGUACAAAUCUUCUGUGUUAAUCGCUUUCCUAUUGGCUGUUACUUAUUGUGCAUAGUUAAUUUACUUUAUAAUUGUAGAUUAUUAGUGGAUCUGUACAAUCCCCCUGCAAUGUUAUUUUCUGUAGUUUCUCUUCCUGUGUUUUUCAUAGAUUUAAAGGAUGUGGCCAGUGCAACAGGAAAUGUAGCACACCUACCAUGGCUGUUUAAAAGAGUGAAACUAAAGGGGGUUAAAGACGAAGGCAUUGAGCAGCCAUACACAAAUACAUGAGCACAGAGCUGGCUGCGUUCUUCCCACUGGCAUCCAUUUUGACAUGAAGAUGGUUGGAAGCUGGUUAUUUCUCCUCAUCUCUCUCCAAGGAUAUGAGGCUCCCUCCACCCCCAGUAAGAUCUUCCUGUUGUAUUAAUGAUGCUACACCUGUGACAUUUAUUUUUUAUAAAUAAUGUUAAUUUAUUCAACUUGUUUAAGACCUUGUGCUAUGACAACACAUCCGGCCAAUGUGCCCUCAACUUUUGAGACUGUUUUUGAUAUUGGAGAAUCUUUGGAGGAUUUAUUAUAAUUUUAUGUAUUUUUGUUAAUAAGAUAGUGAGGUUUAGAUUGUCUCCUGACAAUUUUAUCAUGUACUCUCAUGUUGAUGGUGGUUUCCGCUCAGUUGACAUUUGUCUAGAAUUUCUUUUCAAUGUUCAUUUACUAAGUGUAUCAGCAAAUUAUGUUUUUUUUGUUUCUUUGGGAGUCAUCAAAUAAUAAACAAAUUACAUUUCAUACCAGGUAUUAAAGCAAUUUAUUUGAUCAAACUAUUACAUAACAUCCUAGAAACACAAAAUAAUCUGAAAAGUAAAGUUUCAUGUGGCAUUUCUAUUGCUGAUGCAACACAAAAAGUCCCCUGCUAGUCUGAGAUUGACGUCAACUACUUUGUGGUUUCCUGUAACAUGGCCAUCCAUCUUGUCAUAUACAUUCACAUGCUGAUAAAACUAUUGAUUUAAUUCAAUGUGAUGGUGGAAAAGUACACUAGUCAUGAUAUACAUGAAUGUAAAGACCCUUAAUAUGUUAUCUGAUUUGUCUCUUAAAAAUCUGUAAGCACCCAAUGUAAUUAUGCAACUCAUCUGGAUAUCAUACCACAGCUCCCCUUUAAAGGAUUCAGUGUAAUGUCAUAUUUGAAAAAAGAUUUUAAAUUUCUGUUCCUUUUGCAGAAGUAAACUGCCUGAUCAUUAAUCUGGAUUAUGUCAACUGCAUCUGGAGUGAACAGGGGAGCCCAGAGGUCAACUUCACCUUUUUCAACAACAGGUUAGUGCAUGGCAGAACCCUGUCAUACCUUUAACAUGUGAUGGGUGUUGAGGUCUUUGGGCAAAAUGCUUGCCGUGCAUCACUGUGAUUGGGUGCUACACAUUGGUGGCGGUGAUUGAGGUGUUUGAGUUUUCCUCUUACAAUGAAAGGGGCUUUGAGACUCUCUAUAUGACUGAAUAUAUUAUUGUUAUUACACUCCUUACCAUAUGUAUUUGUGGACAGUGAAGCUAACAUUUUAAAUGUGGCUCUAUACUCCAGCAUUUUGUUUCAUAUGAGGUGACAGUACAGAAUUACACAUUUUAUUUGAGGGUAUGUUCAUACAGUACAUACUGUAUCUGUUUUGCCAUUUACAAAUGAACACUUUAUGUACAGGUAACUGCCAAAAUAAUGGAAACAUUUGAGUAAAUGAGGGAUACAAAGUAUAUUGAAAGCAGGUGCUUCCACAUAGGUGUGGUUCCUGAGUUAAUUAAGCAAUUAAUAUCCCAUCAUGCUUAGGGUCAUGUAUAGAAAUGCUGGGCAGGCCAUUAUUUUGGCUACUAUGGUUAUGGCCCAAUAGGAUGGAAAUGCCCCCAUCCACAGGGCACAAGUCACUGAAUGGUUUGAUGAGCAUGAAAACCAUGUAAACCAUAUGCCAUGGCCGUCUUAGUCACCAGAUCUCAACCCAAUUGAACACUUAUGGGAGAUUCUGGAGCGGCGAAUGAGACAGCGUUUUCCACCACCAUCAACAAAACACCAAAUGAUGGAAUUUCUCGUGGAAGAAUUGUGUCACAUCCCUCCAAUAGAGUUCCAGACACUUGUAGAAUAUAUGCCAAGGUACAUAUUAAGACACUUUGUUGGUGUUUCCUUUAUUUUGGCCAUUACGCCCCAUUUGAAGAAAUCAUAGGUAUUUGGACAAAUUCAAUUGUAGUGUAUUAAAGUAGUCAAAAGUUAAGUAUUUGGUCCCAUAUUCCUUGCACUCAAUGAAUACAUCAAGCUUGUGACUCUACAAACUCGUUGGAUGCAUUUGCAGUUUGUUUUGGUUGUAUUUCGGAUUAUAUUUUGCACAAUAGGAACUGAAUGGUGAAUAAUGUAUUAUGUCAUUUUGGAGUAACUUUUUAUUGUAAUUAAGAAUAGAAGAUGUUUCCGAACACUUCUACAUUAAUGUGGAUGCUAUGAUGAUUAUGGAUAAACAUGAAUCAUGAAUAAUGAUGAGUGAGAAAGUUACAGAGGCACAAAGUAUCAUGUUUCAGGAGAAGACCCAGAUGCAGACAGUGUCGAUGUAACAAAAGUUUAUUACAAGUUCCUGUUUUGUACCUGGAGGGGGGUGGAGACAAUCACAAAGACAGGUGAAACAGAUCAGGGUGUGACACAAUGAUCAUACCCCCUAACACAUGCUAACCUCCCCUGUUAUUGGUAAUGGUGAGAAGUUAGUAUGUUUUGUUGUAGCGUCUGUAAACUUCUCACUCAUCAUUAUUCAUGAUUUAUUUUCUUAAUCAUGGCAUUAUCAGGAAUAAUUUAGAAGUGUUCAGAAACAUCUUAUCCCAGAAAUAACAUUAAUGGUGAGAGGUUAGUAUGUUUUGUUGUAGCUUCUGUAAACUUCUCACUCAUCAUUAUUCAUGAUUUAUUUUCUUAAUCAUGGCAUUAUCAGGAUUAAUUUAGAAGUGUUCAGAAACAUCUUAUCACAGAAAGAAAAUUACUCCAGUCAUCAUUCACCAUUCAGUUCCUAAUAGGCAAAAUAUUACGCAAAACACAACCAAAACAAACUGCAAAUGCAUCCAACAAGUUUGUAGAGUCACUUUUGACUACUAUAAUAGUGAAUUUGCCCAAAUACUUAUGACUUCUUCAAAUGGGGGGACUAGAUACAUAAAAUGCUCUCAUUUCUAAACGGUAAAACAGAUACAGUAUGUUUGAAAAUACCCUCAAAUAAAAAUUGACAUUCUGUACUGUUGCCUCAUUUGAAACAUUUGAUCUCAAAUCCAAAAUGUUGGAGUAUACAGCCAGAAAAAUAAAUAAUUGCUUCACUGUCCAAAUACAUACGGAGGGGAGUGUAUCUCUGUCAAAUCUUGAAUGUCCGUACUUUGGUCCUAAUUCUCAUCCAUCAUUUUCACAUGGUAUGUGUUUAGGUUCAUCAAAGAUCAUAUGGAGGAGUGCACAACAUAUCUCCAGGAGAAGAGUAAUGCUGUGGGAUGUAGACUGUCUUAUGACAAGUCUGACAGGUUUAGAACACUGACAACCAAGCUGGUCCAUCAGAACAAAAGUUAUGUGCAGAACCAUAACCUCAAAAGCAUGGGUAGGUUUUUUUUCUCAAUCAAAUCAUAACAUUACAUACAGAACAGCAUUAAACAUGAAGAGCAAUAGUCAUCUUACUUUAGGCUUUUUAGCAUGUGUGUUUGUCCUAUAUUCAAUCAUCAUUUGAUGUGUCGUUAACGUUUGACCCUCCUUGAUGCUUUUUCUAGUGAAGCUUUACCCUCCUACCAACCUGUCAGUUGAGAUGAACAAAGACCCAGAGCUGAAUCUGUACUGGAACAACAGCAAGAACAACCAAUGCAUUGAGAGUGAAGUGCGCUACAGAAUAAACAACAACAAGUGGCAGGUGGGGAGGGGUCAGGACUCAGACGUUGGACUACUGUUUGGACUCUGUAGCCUAAUGGUCAUUUUUCAACAAAAUACUGGACAAAUCUUUGAAAAUAACUCUCUCUCACCUCCACUCUCUCUUUGUUCUUUUCUUCAGACAUCUACUCUGAUCAGAGAACAGAAUUAUGCUGUUCCUUUCCCCUUAAAGAGCAGUCGGUAUGAGUUUCAAGUGAGAGCACGAGUUAACAGCAUUUGUGGCGAGUCCGAGUUCUGGAGUGAAUGGAGUCAGCCCAUUCUAUGGGAUUCCAUGAAAGGAAAUAACAUCACAGGUAAAUAGAUCCAAAAUCUCUGCUUCGCUUUAUGGUUAUAAGGUUGUGCUCAGGCUUCUGUCAGGACUUUGUCAUGUCAACCUUUCUCUUUGGCCUAGACAUAUCUGGCAGCUCAAUGUCUAUGUGGAAGCCAGUGCUGUCAUUAGUGGGUGCCAUGACACUCUUCAUGUUGGCCUGCAUGCUGGUCUACAGGGAAAGGUAGGUUUGCCAACAGAAGUUAACACCACACAUAGGCCCCCAAUAAAGUCUAAAAUCAAGGGGUACAGUUUACAUUUUUAAAUCAAUCUCCUUUGGACAUAGUGCUCCAUUCUUCCUCUGAAAAAAGUUAUACUCUGAAUCUGAACUGACCCUAUCACUUUGUAGAGAACGACUGAGAUUCAUCCUCAUUCCCAUUGUGCCUAAUCCAGGCAAGAACCUGGAUGACAAUGUAGAGGUAAUAUUUAUCCCUGGUCCCAUGCAUUGCACUUCAUUAUAAUCUUUGUAUCUUAUAAGUGUUACUGUUAUCUACAGUGUAAAUCACAUCUUAUAUCUCACAUAUUACAUGUAACCUUUACCUUUAAAGGCCUGGCUUCACGGCUCCAAAGACAUUUGCUUCCAGCCUAACUUCACUGAGCGUGUCUGUCCUGUUCGUGAGUAUCGUCUGGUUCCCCAAACCGGCAGCGUCAGUGAGUCUGAGAGCAACCUCUCCAUCCCAACAGACCAGUCAGAUUCCCUUGUCCACGUGCUCUUCCUCAACUUCCACUCUUCCUGUCACAAGUGAAAAUGAACGAGCUGGUUUUGAGUGAGAUUUACAGAGGCUUCGUUCUAAUUACCCUUCUCCCCUAGGUGUGCACUUACUUGUGUCGUGGUAGAAAUAUUUGACUAAUAGAUAAUCAUCUAAAAAAUAUCUCUCAAGACACCGGAGCUUGUGAAUUCAAGAAUUAGACUUUAUUGCAUAACAAAGCCCAGCUUGCUCCAUGGAACAAAACUGUCUCUCUCUGGCUUAGAGA